AUGGCGUUCCGCCAGUCGCAGGGCUUCGACUUCAACGCAGCACGCGUGUGGCGUCGACUCGGCGGCGUUCAAGGCGAAGCUCGCCGAGAUCCUAUCGGCGCCGCCGCAUGGGGCCAGGGACGUCGAGCUAACGUGAUUGGCGAGUGGUGCUGCGUGGGGCCGGGGACCUCGAGCUGGCACGCCUACAACUAUGACAUGGCCUACCUCGUCAGGAUGCUCAGCGACGGACAGCCGUUGCCGAAGACGAGGCAGGAGUUCGUCGCGCGGGUGAGGGGCUGA